AUGGGGAAGACAGGCCUGUUGAGUUUCCUGCAGUUUACAGAAUGUGAGAAUAUUAGGCUGGUCGGACCUUCGCGUUGCUCUGGCAGAGUGGAGGUCUUCCACAAAGGCAGUUGGGGAACUGUCUGUCACGAUCAGUGGAGCAUUGCUAACGCUGAGGUGGUGUGUCGAGAGUUAAGCUGCGGGACAGCUAUCGAGGCCAAAAAAGACGCCUUCUUUGGACAGGGAAAGGAUGAGAUCUGGUUGGAUGACGUACAGUGUACUGGGCAUGAGUCUUCCAUCCUUCAGUGUCAGCACAAACCGUUUGGGGUAAAUAACUGUGGCCACAAUGAAGAUGCAGGAGUGGUCUGUUCAGACAGUCAACCCAUUCGGCUGGUGAAUGGGACUAAUCGCUGCUCUGGUAGAGUGGAAAUCUACUAUAAAGGACAAUGGGGAACAGUCUGUGAUGACAAAUGGGGGAUGCAAGAUGCAGCUGUAGCUUGUCGAGAGAUGAACUGUGGGAAUGCUCUCUCAGUCAAGUACAAGGCUUACUUUGGGAGAGGUCAGGAUCAGGUUUGGUUGGAUGAGAUGGAGUGCACUGGUCAUGAAAUGUUACUCGGUGACUGCCCUCACAAAGAUUUUGAAGAACAUGACUGUGACCACAGUGAAGAUGCUGGUCUUGUGUGCUCAGGUAACACAGGCUCUGUUCUGCUUGUGAACGGCAUUGACCGAUGCUCUGGCCGAGUGGAGAUUCUGCAUGACGGCCAGUGGGGAACAGUGUGUGAUGAUGAGUGGGACUUAAGAGAUGCUGAGGUGGUGUGCAAGGCCAUGGACUGUGGAACACCUCAGAGAGUUAAACCUGGUGCCUUCUUUGGUGAAGGCCAAGGAGUGGUCUGGCUGGAUGAUGUCAACUGUCUGGGUAAUGAGACGUCACUUGUGCACUGCAGACGUUCCUCCUUUGGAGAAAAUAACUGUGGUCAUGGUGAAGAUGCAGGAGUGAUUUGUUCAGCUGUCAUUCGACUAAUCAAUGGGACUGACCUGUGCUCAGGAAGAGUGGAGGUCCACUAUGGGGAACACUGGUCACAAGCAUUUAAUGUUAACUGGGGAAUGAAUGAAGCUGCUGUGGUGUGCAGAGAGAUGAACUGUGGAGAUCCUGUCAAGAUCUCAGAGUCAUUUGGUAAAGGUCGAGAUCUGAGAGGGUACGAGAUUCGCUGUAACGGCAGAGAGAGUUCUCUCACGCAGUGCACGUUUAGAGACCAUACCAGAUCUAUCACCGAUGGUACUGAAGAUGCCUCUGUGGUAUGCUCAGGAAACGUGAGAUUAACUGGUGGAUCUACUCGUUGUGAUGGAAGAGUAGAGAUUUAUGACAAAGGUCAGUGGGGGACUGUGUGCGCUGAUUCCUGGGACAUGAAUGAUGCAACAGUGGUGUGCAGACAGUUGGACUGUGGGAAACCUCACAAGCUUAAUGAGGUUGGCCCUGGGAGCUUGGCAGUGCGGUUGGUUAACAGUACUGAUGAGUGCUCUGGGAGAGUGGAGGUCCGUCACGGCGAGCAGUGGCACGCAGUAUGUGACACAGACUGGACUCUAAGUAAAGCUGGAGUGGUGUGUGAGCUGCUGGAGUGUGGACGUGCCGUGAAUGCUCCUGGCGCUGCUUUUUUUGGCCAAGGCACACAAGUCCGGUUGGUGGAUGGCUCAGGUGAAUGCUCCGGCAGAGUGGAGGUCUUCUAUAAAGGACAGUGGGGAACUGUGUGUGAUGACGAUUGGGAAAUGAGCGAUGCUGAUGUGGUAUGCAGACAGCUUGAUUGCGGUCAUGCCAUUUCAGCACCUCUAAGUGCCCAUUUUGGUAGAGGCUCUGGUCCAGUAUGGCUGGAUAAUGUGGGAUGCUCAGGCCAAGAGUCUGCUCUUACUCAUUGUUCACACGAUGGUUUUGGAGAAAAUAACUGUGGGCACGAUGAAGAUGCCAGCGUUAUCUGCUUAGGUGGUCAACAGAAGCCCAAAAUCACAAUAAGUCCUGCUCCAGAGGUGAACUGGGGUGACAAAGUUGAAAUUACCUGCACGCUAGUAACAGAACGCAUGGUGGACUUAAGCCAAAAGGGUUCAUACUACUGUGAAUAUCAAAAGGUGUUGCCCAGUGAAGUCAUCUACUAUCCUCAAGGAAAUCCUGCUGACCUUUCCGUUGUAGGUCAGUAA